AUGAUGAGGAGAUCUCCGCUGGUGUUUCCGCUCGGGGUCGCGCUCCUGCUGGCCGUGGCGGCGACGCUCCCCGCGCCGUCGCGCGCCGAGUGGGCGGCCGUCCCGGACGUGAACGGCCUGGUGAUCAAGCAGGUGGGGCAGUUCGCGGUGCUCGUGUACGGCCUGGCGCACCGCAAGGACCUGGCGUUCGUCGGCGUGGUGCGCGGCCAGACGCAGGAGGCCGUCGGCGGCGGCACCAACUACCGCCUCGUCGUGGCGGCAACCAAGCCCGGCGGCGACGGGAGCGCCGCCGAGUACGACUGCCUGGUGUGGGGCGUGCCCGGGUCGCGCUCCGACACCUGGAAGCUCCGCAGGUUCAGGAAGAUCCAGAGCUAG